UUGUUGGAUUCUGACUAUAAGAUGUAUGGUAAACAUGUAACUUUUUCUCUCCUCCUGCUUCUUUAGGACUUUGUCCCCAGAGGCAGUUGUGUAUUUUUUACCCCGUAAACAGUCUGAUAGGCAUCAUUCCAUGCAGGUUGACCUAAAUACGGCCUGGCUGCACAUUUGCAUAAAAAGAACAAAGAAUACGCUUUUGUUUCGUGCCACACCCGUAUCAUAUAAAACAUAUUCAUACAUUCAUAGACAACAGGCUUUCGGACAGAAGUAGUUUGAUAUUAUUGAGUUAUUAUAAACCACAGAUGAAAGAGGAGCAGCGUCCUGUUUUUACACCAUGAAAAGGAAAAUUAACCGCUGUGGUUUUUGGUCAGUUUGUCAGCACCAGUAUCUGUGUGCAUCCUCACGUCAGAGUGCAUAACUGCAUAACUCUGCAUAAUGUCUGUUAGCCCUACAUUUGCAUUCACGUGGGUGUUAACGAGACACUGGAGAACAGUUUACUGGUUGUGUGUUCGUCAAAAUGUUCUGUGAACAAUGUAACUUAAAACAAAAACAUUCUCUUAUUGAUGUAUAAUGUUGUGCAGUAUAUUGACCUGAGGAUGGACGUGUCGGAGUCAGUGGAGGUCCUGGGCUUUGUUGAUUAAUCAAUUAACCAAUCAAUUGCUUGUUUGUAUGUCAACCGACAUUUAGAAGCCCGAAGAUAUUCCCCUUAUUUAAGAAGCUGAGACCAGCGAGGUUUUGGGCAUUUUUUCACUUGAAUUUUAUGAUAAAUUGAUUAUUAAAAUUGUCCAGUUUGAGCUCCAUCUUAACUCCCUUUUUGAGGUGACUGGCGCGUUAACAAGGCUAGCAGUUUCCCUCUGCUUCCAGUCUUUGUGCUAAGCUAAGCUCAAAAAAACGUCCUGGACCUGUAACAGAUGCAAAAGAAACCGAAACAAUUACUUGAUUUUUUUUAAAUUAUUUUGAUUAUUCAGCAACUAUUUUGACCAUCGAUUCUUUGUUUUAUAUCAUCGUGAAGAGAAAAUCUUUUUGCACCUUUAGUCGGCCAAAACAAACAAUUUAUAGACGGAAUUUUGGGCUUUUAGAAAGUAAGGCGAUUAAUCAAUUGAUCGAGAUAAUAAUCUGCAGUCCUACAUCAGAUUCUGGAACCCAAAACGUCGUAAUGUUCCUUUAACAAAGCAACAUGAAUCACAGGUUAUGUCUCUUAUCUUACUACUAAAAUAAAUUGGUGCAUACUUGUGAUAUUUACACAUUGAAAGGCCUGAUUAGCGUCGUCAUGGCCCUGUGUUCUGGAUGAGCUCGUUAUGGAUUUGGUAUUGAGAUGCUAGUCGUGGUGGUCUGAUGCUGGGUCACAUGAUGAUACUGUAUGUGUGACAGCAGCAUGAGGCCCGACUUCCUCUUUAGAUGCUGUAAAGGAAGCCGGCCGACCGCAGCAGGUUGUGUCGUUACUUUGAGCUCUGAGGAAAAACGAAAGUUUGAACCUUCAUCAUUUAAAGACUUUAACAUCUGAAGAUUCAAGUGAAAUAAAGAUGCAUGAGAUGCAUUGAAGUCCCACUGAAGCAGAAUAUUUGAGUGGUGCAGAGUCACUUUUUACUUUGUUCUCUGCUAUCAGUUUUCCAACGAGCACCGACCGGCUUUCACAUCAACUCGCAGCCAAAACAACCAGAACGUGGCUGCAGAGCAGCGUUGUUCUAGUGAUCUCUGAUAGCGGAUGCUGAGGUCACAGGAAGAAGCUUAAUGAACUGACUCCAUGUGACCUGCUGGACCUCGCUGGGGGUCACGUUCACUAACUCUGUUUUAUAUUCAUCACACUGAGCGGACCGUACGCGUAUCGUACUGAAGUCACUCUGAAGUCGUGUUGUUCGCUGUCUGCUGGAGGUAGGAAGUGGUUCUCUUGUUGCCACACAUCCUCCGUCAGUCACAGCGCUCUGCAUGCAGAGUUCUACCUCGUCGGUUAUUAAGCAUUAAACUCCACAUUCAGUACAUUCCUUCACUUUAUCCUCAUCCUGUUGUGUUGCAGCCUCAUGCUAAAUAUGCUUUUAAUUUAUUUGUUUUGCCGUCAUCAAUCUAAACUCUCUAUGAAACACAGUGAGUCUGUCUGUCUGGUUUCAGGUUCCACUGCGUCUCUGGUUGUGUUUUGUAAACAUCCAUCUCUCUCGUUGUUGGUCUCAGGAGGCGGGAGGAUGUCUGUGGAGGUGGACGUGUUGCUGCAGGAGGCCAAAGAAAGCAUCGAGGCGGCUCAGAACUACCGCAGCGAGCUCCAGCAGCGCCUGAAUGGACUCAACCAGGCCCGCAAACAGGUGCGGGGCAGCUCGGGUCAGGCCCGCGAGGCCCUGCGGCGCCACUUCACGGAGCUGCAGUCGGCGGCGAGCCGUCUGCUGUCGGAGCGUCUGGCCGACCUGCUGGCCGAGGUGGACGCCAUCGAGGCGGACAGCGUCAAACCGCUGGACGACUGCCAGAGCCUCAUCGAGCACGGCGUGGGCCAGGCCGACGAGCUGCUGAGAGAAGGGGAAGCAGCUCUGCGUUGUGGUCUCGGGGAGAAGGAGGACCAACUGGGCAGCUUCACCAAGAAGGCCAUGCACAUCCAACUGGACAGCCUUCCGGAGGUGCCGGCGCUGGUGGACGUUCCGUGUGUUUCCGCCCAGCUGGACGACUCCCUGCUGGGUCUCCUGAGGGACCGGGUGUCCCAACUUGGCUCUGUCUCCUCCCACCCGCCGGUCCAGAUAGAAGAGCUGCAGGAGAGACCGGGCAGCGUCCUGGUGCGCUGGUGUAAGGUGGACGAGGACUUUGCAGCAGCAGAUUACCGGCUGCAGCACCGGCGCUCCGGCAGCGGGGGGGCUCAGUACGAGGACGCCUUCAUCGGUCGGGACUGUGAGUUCCUGGUGCUGCACCUCGACCCGCACACCGACUACCUGUUCAGGGUCUGCGCCCGCGGGGAGGGUCGAACCGAGUGGAGCCCCUGGAGCACCCCGCAGACGGGGUACACCACCCUCGCGCCGCACGAGUGGUGUCCGGGCUCUGAGGGCUACAUCCUGAGCAGCAGGAGAAACAUCGCUCUGCGCAGUGACUCCGCCCACUCGCGCUGCCCCGUCCUCUACUCCAACGCACCCACCUACUUCUGUGGCCAGACGCUCACCUUCAAGAUGUCAGCAGCAGGUCAGAUGGAUCGGAGGGACAGUCUGGGUGUGUGUGUGGACAGCAGGAGAGGAGCCGACUCCCUUCAGAGAGACCAGGCCGUCUGCAUUUCCACCAACGGAGCCGUGUUCGUGAACGGUAAAGAGAUGACCAACCAGCUGCCGGCCGUGGCGCUGGGCUCCUCCGUGACCUUUGACAUGGAGGUGGUGAACCUGUUCCCCGUCAGCAACAACCUGAGCGAGGGGGGGGGCCACUUCAAGCUGAGGGUCACCAUCGGCUCCGGGAGCCGCGAGGUGGUGUUUGAUUGGCUGGUGGACCAGGCGGUGGACUGCCUCUUCUUCGGCUGCUCGUUCGUCCACUCCGGCUGGAAAGUUCUGGUGUUUUAACGGAUCCUUUUUGAAUCUGCUGGAGUUUUCUCUUCUGUUGUUUUGUUGAGUCUGGAAAUAAUCCGUCGUUUCCUCCCACAGUGUAGACUUCCAGGAGCUUCACACAGUAUUUGUCCGUAAUUCACUGGUCCGGGUUUUUCUACGCAACCGGGAAAAACCCUGGAAAAUCUGGGGCAAAGUCGAGCAGCAUGUCCUGAAAAACAGUUUACCGACUUCACCAGAUCUCGAUGAGAAAGAGAAGUAAAGAGAACAGAUUAAACUGAAAUGAGCUGCUGCUAUCACCAGCUUCACUUCAGCAGAGAUUCAGCAUGUUUCUGAAGUAAUCUGGUUUCUGUGAUCGCGGUACACAACCGAUUCCUCCUGGAAGUAUUUUGGCCAUUUUAGAUAAAAGAUGAAUAACAAAGCUGUGAGAAGAGGGUUCAUAUUUCAAGGAAAAAAAACUGAAUCUCACAGAUGAAAAUCGUUAAUUUACAUGAAGGAAAACGUGGACGUUCGUUGUCGAUUUGUGGACAAAAAAUCUAAUUGAGAAAAAAGUUGUACGGCCAAGAUGCAUAUAAGCGUUUUAUUUUAUGGACAUAAACAACUACGAAUAUAAUUGAUCACUUUUGCAUCUAAAUUUGUGACUUCAAUCUCUCUGAAUAUUACGCCCUCCCCGGACUCCAGG